UUCCUGAAAUUGUGAUGAAGUUACCUUAAUGAAUAACUUCAACAAUUAUAGCUACGGUCAGCUCAAAAAUGAUAGUCUUGAACACGUAAAAAAGAAGAAACGAAGAGGAUGGAUGAGAAGAAAGAAACGUGAUGUUCAAUAUCAAGAAGAUUGGAUGUGGAGAGAUAGUGUGGAAGAUCUACAAGUCGAUUCUGGUAAGGAUUCCAAACCUGAAGUCAGAAAUCAAGUGUCUCUCGAUCCGUCCGCUGGCGCUUGGAAUGUCAGCUCAGUCUUAACAGGGUCUUUAUUAUUCCUAACCAUCUCUUCUCUCAUCUUGUUUGUCGUGUUUCAGAAGAGGAUAGAGUACCGGGUGUACAAAGUUAAACAAAAUCUGAGGCGGCGCAAACGACAUCCGGGUAAUCGCGAGACAGGGCGGCCAUUCCUUCAAGAGGACAAGAAGUAUGACGUGUAUCUAUCUUAUUCUGAGGAGGACUACCCAUGGGUAAGAAAGCAUAUUCUUUCCCACAUUGACGAAUGGGAAACAGAUGAGAACAACGCUACUGCUUUUAAUACAUACAAAAUGUAUUGUAGUGAUCGAGAUUCCCAUCAUGGCAAGUCGGAACUGGAGAAUAUGUGCAAAAAUAUUGAGCUGAGUCGAGUUGCUGUUGUUGUAUUUUCCAGCAGUCACACACAGAAACAUUUACACACAGUGGAACUUGAGCACCUUCUAUAUAGCAAGGAUAUAUCUGUUAUUCAGGAAAUUGUCAUUAUAAUGAUAGAAAAACUCAAAUUCAAACAAAUUCCAACAGUCCUCCAUCACCAGAUUAAACAAGACAAAUUCCUCCGAUGGGAGGCCGAUGAAACAAAAGAGAAAAAAUUCUAUGGAGAUUUAAUAAGAUAUCUGAAGUGAUACUUUUUUUUCGUUAAUGACACCCUCUAUGCAUCGCUUGUACACGCAAUUUGUAUGAACACAGAGGAAACGUAAAGAUACCUAAUGUUGAUAACCUUCCAAAUAUUUGUAAAGAAAUACAUUUGACCAUUGUCAGAUGACUGUAUAAUUAUGACUUGUAAAUACACAAAAAUUUGAGAGGAAUUUUAACCCACGUAGGCCGUCCAGUUUUUUUUUUUAGCUCACUUACUGAGCUUCUCUGAUCACCUUUGUCCGGCGUCCGUCUUUCCGUCCGUC